AUGGGGAGGGAGGCCAAGUGCGAGUCAUUAGAGCUCGCGUCGGGCGAGCUGUCGGCGGACGUGCACCAGAGCGACCCGCCCUCCAAUGAAGCCGGCGCGGGCAAGGCCCAGUCGCUGGCCGUCGUGACCGUAAAGAACUUCGUCAGCGGCACCAUGGGCGGCGGGUGCGAGGCCAUCGUCGGGUAUCCCCUCGAGACGGUCAAGGCGCGCAUGCAGACGCAGCAGAGCGGCUCCAAGGCGUUCGCUGGGCCCUUCGACUGCCUCAAGAAGAGCAUCCAGCAGGGGGGCGUCACGUCGCUCUACCGAGGCGCGUCGCCGCAGGUUUUCCGGUCCGCGAUGAGCGCGUCGAUCAUGUUUGGCCUCAUGGGCCAGUACCGGUACUUCUACUCCAAGACGCUGUUUGACAACCCGGACUACUCGCUCAUAGCUGCGGGCUUCUCGACGGGGUUUACGGAGGGAUUGCUGUACACCCCGUUCGAGACCAUCAAGGUCAGGAUGCAGACGAUGUACGGAGACACCAGGACGCGGAUCAGCAAUUGGCAGUGUGUCAAGGACGUGUACAGUCGAAACGGAGUGGGAGGGCUGUAUCGCGGUUUCUGGCCCACCGCCAGCCGUGAAAUGCUGGGCAAUGUCACGUACUUCAUGGCGUACGAGGCGACCAAGGAGCGAAUGUUGGAUCGUUUUGUGCACAACGUGCCUGGGCUGUCGCCGGAGUCGGUGAAUCUACGCACGUACCAGUCCAUCGCCUUUUCAGGAGGCUUCGCUGGCUUCAUGUAUUGGCUCGUGGUGUUCCCGGUGGAUACGGUGAAGUCCGUUCUCCAGGCCGAUCGCCUGGACAAGCCGCGCUUCUCAGGUGUGGCCGACUGCUGUCGACAACUGUACGCUGAAGGCGGUCCGAAGCGAUUCUACCGCGGAAUCACGCCGUCGUUGCUGCGAGCGUUCCCUGCAAACGCUGUCACCUUCGUCGCCUUCGAGAAGACCAUGAGCUUCCUCAACCAACUAUUCUAA